AUGGCCACCUCGGAACAGAUGGUUAUGCCCACCACCAACAAAGACCUCCAGCACACCACACCCCACUCAGCAACCUCAGCCGUAAAGUUGACCAACAACAAGACAAACAGUCUAAGCACAACCUCCAUCCGCUCAUCGACCCCAUCCACUAAAGAGCGCCGCCCAUCCUUCUCGAUCACAUUACCGCCUUCAUGCUCACGGAGCAGUCAUCUCACCAGCCAUUCCCUGGUCUUCAAUACCAUUGCUGGACCGGAUGAUGAUAACGACUCGACUGCGGGAUUCGAGGAGGCUUUGGCGUUGCAGCAGCAGGAGGGGAAUGAGAGUAACAGUCAUGGGGCUGUGGGAUUGCAGCCGAUGGAUGAUGGGCUGCCUGUUCGGCGUCGUAGUGUUCAAUUCAUCCCUGGUGAAGACGAUAGCCUGACGAAUCAUGAGGGCAAAGAGCAUGGAUUGCCAAAGACGCCCUACCCCGUCACUGAUGAACAGGAUCUCCAGCGUACCCUCUUCAAGCACUGA